UUGCUCCAAGGAGCAGCAAGCAAGCCGGCAGCAACCCAUACUCCUCCUCAUCACUUCAUCCUCCUGCACUGCACAGUACACAGUUAGCCAUGGCUCAAGAGCUCCAUGAUACCUCCUCCUCCUCCUCUGGCACCACCUCGUCGUGUACCACCAGCUCCACCUCCUGCUGCUCGUCCACCGUCACGGAUUCGUCUUCCUCGCCGGCGACGGCCAAUGCCGCGCCCGCGCCACGGAAGCCGCAGGCGUCGGAGGCCGAGUGCGAGGCGGGUGGGGAGGGAGAGGAGGACGAGGAGGGGUGCGCGGGGAAGGCGGUGGCGAAGAAGAGGAAGCGGAGCAGCGAUGGGAAGCACCCGACGUACCGCGGCGUGCGGAUGCGGGCGUGGGGCAAGUGGGUGUCGGAGAUCCGGGAGCCGCGCAAGAAGUCGCGCAUCUGGCUCGGCACGUUCCCCACCGCUGAGAUGGCCGCGCGCGCCCACGACGUCGCCGCGCUCGCCAUCAAGGGCCGCGCCGCUCACCUCAACUUCCCGGACCUCGCCGGUGUGCUCCCGCGCGCCGCGUCCACGGCGCCCAAGGACGUCCAGGCCGCAGCAGCAUUGGCCGCCGCGUUCACGUCGCCGUCGUCCUCAUCCUCGGAGCCGGAGGCCGCCGCGACAGCGCCGUGCCAUGCCCAAGAAGAGCCUGCCAAGAACAACGCCGCGCCGGAGGAGGCCGUCGCCGAGGCACCAGAACCACCGGCCGCUUCUCAGCCAGCGACUCCGUCGAGCGGCGUGGAGGAGGAGCGGCAGCUGUUCGACCUGCCGGACCUGCUCCUCGACAUCCGGGACGGGUUCGGGUGCUUCCCGACCAUGUGGACCCCGCUCCCCGACGUCGAUGAGGUCAGUGCGGAGCUCCGCCUCGAGGAGGCGCUGCUUUGGGAGUAGCAGUCAGAGAUGCUUGCAUUGCAAGGACUAUACAAUAUAGUACUAGCCCGUUUCUUUUUUUUCCUCUUCUCUCCUUUUCUUUCCUUUAAUUUACUUUUACAAAAGCAACUAUUUUUCUCUUUUUAUUGGACCAAUAAGUAUAUAUAUAUAUAUAUAUAUAUAUAUAUAUAUAUAUAUAUAUAUAUAUAUAUAUAUAUGCAAGGACAUAAGUUAUGAUGAGUACUAGUAAUGUGUGAAUUUCAGCAGUAGCUGACCUUGCUAGAUAUUUAUUGCUCUGUACUUCGACUACCCCAUGUGUAUUGUACCCAAUUCCCCAGAGGAAGGACAAAAGAACGUGGCUGCUUGGUUCUCGUCUAAAAAGAGCUAAGCUAAUUUUUUUU